AGUCGGAUCGCGCGCUCAAAGGCGGCUACAAGUCAUUGGGGUCGAGCGGUGCUAAGUCGGGUGUGCGCGCAGGCACGUGCGUAAUGUAGAAAAAAAUAUAUAUCGACUUGGUAAAAUGUCAGUUGUCGCUGAAAAUACUUAAUGGUGUGUAGGGUAUGAGACUAGAGUUCGUUUGUCUAGUUGUGUCUGUCACGAAAUAUGGAUUCAUCUAAAGACUUUCCCGCGACGUGAAAUAAUGAGGGAGAAACUCAUUCCGCUAUUCCUCGCAUUCACAACAUUUCUCACCACCUGUGAUGUGUCGAACCCUCACAUAAACGAGAAAACACCAUCAAACUCAAGUGUAGUGCCCAACUCGAACGUCUUAACCAGUGCGAGUGUACCAAAUAGCUCGAGUGAGUUCAAAUCCAGACAUCGUCACAAACAUCGUAAAUCGAGAUGCAGAAGGGACCUACCUUUCCGAGGUAUAUCUUCCUACCAACAAGACUACAGGGGAAACUUGGUCUACGUAGCGCCCGAUUACGCGCCGCCAGCGUACAGGAUACCCCCUGUAUACAUACCGUCGAGGUGCAACAACUACUGCCCUUAUUGCCAGGUGCCUAGCUGCAGGAGAAGAUGCCCACAGUUUUACCAAGGGAUCAUUAAUACUCCUCCAAAACCAAUUGCUUGUACUUGCGAUCCAGACGGUGCCAAAUUUCCGAUGUGUGACGACAAAACUGGCUCGUGCGUAUGCAACCCCUACUACACGAGUCACCACUGCGAUAUUUGUAUGGACGGAUAUUGGAAGAACAACAGAAAAUGCGAUGAAUGCAAAUGUAACAAGCAUGGCACUGAAGAAGGAACCAAAUGCAACAGAGUAACGGGAAUAUGUUAUUGUAAAAAAGGUGUCACUGGUAAACACUGUGAUACAUGUAUGCCGGAUCAUUACGGAAUGAUAGAAACGGGAUGCAAAAAAUGUGAUCCCUGUGACAAAAAAGGGCAUAUAUGCGACCUCACGAACGGAAAAUGUGUGUGCCCCCCCUUAACUAUAGGAGGAGCCUGCGAGAAAUGCUCAGUGAACUCAUAUGGGUACCAACCUGGCGUAGGCUGCAAGGCAUGCGACUGUUCUGCGUUGGGCAGUGCGAAUUCACAAUGUGAUCACACAACAGGCCGGUGCAGGUGUAAAAUCGGCUACGAAGGGGAGAAAUGCAACAGGUGCAGCUACGGCUUCUACGGGUAUCCCCAGUGCAGAAAAUGCAACUGCCACCUGGAGGGUACCCAAGAGGGAGAAUGCCAAAACGGUUUAUGCCAAUGCGACGUCAACGGACACUGCAAGUGCAAGGAAAACGUACAAGGAAAAAACUGCGACAGUUGCAAGAAAAACUACUACGGCUUGACCAAAGAAAAUCCCAAAGGAUGUACAGCCUGCUUCUGUUUUGGAAGGAGCAACUCAUGCGACGAUGCUCACUAUCACUGGAGUAAAACCACUAGAAUUGAUAGAAACGAUGAAGACAAUAACCAUGUAGCUAGGGACGAGUUGAUGUUACCGCGUCAAUUUCUGGGAGACCUUACUUCUUCUUAUGGUGGAUACCUAGAAGUGCAACCUAAAGGAUACUUCGAUGUUUACCUAGAAGGAAACGGAAUUAACCUGACAUCUAUAAAAAACAAAAAUGAACUGCAGUUGAUAGAGAUUGGCGGGUGGAAUGUUUCAUCUAGAAAUCCAGAUGUUCCCAAUAGUUGUAUCGUUAACUUGACAAGAGCUUGUUUCAUGGUUGUUAUGGAGAAAGUCACCUCCAUCAGAGUCCAUGCAGAAAACAGAAUAAGGGAAGUUUUGCUGGACAAAGCUGAAGAGAAAGGAUUCCACGGAAGCACACACUCCAUAGAAAAGUGCGAUUGCCCACGAGAAUAUUCUGGAUUGUCUUGUCAGAACCCCAAUAAGGGUUACUACAGGUACUUCCCUGAGGAUCCAAAGAAUAACUGGAUUGAUCUUGUCGUUGGAAUAGCCAGACCAUGCGAAUGUGGUGGUCACUCCAUCGAAUGCGACCCAGAAUCUGGAAAUUGCAAGAAUUGUUCGGAUCACACCACGGGUGACCACUGUGAAAAUUGCGACGUAGGUUUUUACAUGGAUAAAAAUAAAAACUGCGCGACCUGUCCAUGUCCAACAGCUAACGAAAAUAAUGCAGAAAGUUGUUCCCAACUGAAAAAUGGAUUCACAUGUGAAUGUAAACGCGGUUAUAGAGGAAAACAUUGCGAGAAAUGUGAGGCGAAUUAUUAUAUGGCCCCAGGUUCUAAAAACUGUCGACCAUGUGAUUGCAACCGAUCUGGAGUAGUCGACGGUAGUUGUGACCAGCAUGGAAAGUGCCAAUGUAAAAAUGGUUUCAAGGGUAUCAAAUGCGACCAAUGUGUCAAAGAGAGGGAAUAUAUCGAAAACGGAGUGUGUAAAACUUGUGACGAAUGUACGAUGAAACUCUUUGACGAGAUUGAUAAAAUGACAAAGGAAAUUGAAAGUAUCUUCUUGUCAUUCAAAAAUGGUACUGGUCCUCCAUGGAAGAAAUUAACAGACGAUAUUGGAAAACUUCAUGGGCUGUCGGCAAAAUUUUAUACCAAGAAAAAAGAAAUCGAAGAUCUGCUGAAACAAGCCAACAUUGAAUUAGCCGAAAAGAAAGUCUCUAAAAUGAGAGAACAACUAGAUCGGAACAACAAAUUAUCUGAAGAAUACGUAGAUAGAACAGAGAAGAUUUAUAAAAAUUCCACCACGUUAUUAGAAGAAACUGACGAACUGAGUAAAAAAUUGAUGAAGCUUAUAAACAGUCUUGACAAGUUUGGGAACAAACAAAUUAAUCUCGAAGAAGCUUUGAAGAGAGCUAAGCUCAUAUUGAAAGAGAUUCAAGAGUCCAACAGAUUGAAACAGCUGGAUAAUAGUGUUUUUGCUCAAUGCGAAGCAAUCAAGAAAAAAGUUGAUAGCAUUUACAAACCCUCUCCUAAGUUUCCUGAUGGAGAAUUGAAAGAACUGAAGAAGAAAAUGCAAGAUCUAAUUAAUAUAGGUUCCUUUGUGGAUAAUUUGGCUAGAUUAGUGGAUAUAAAGAACACUAAUAAUUCUAAGAGAAUUGAAAGAGUUAAGGAAAAAAUUGAGAUAUUGAAGAGCAAGAACAAAAAUGUGCAAACUUCCUUGGGUGGAAUUGUGGAAAAAACUAAAGCUAUUGAAGAAAUCAUGCAACAACUUGGCAUCGUUUACACUGAUCUCAAAGAACUUUCAGAGUUCCCUGAAUUCAAUGAAUUGGAGGAUAGAGUGAAGAGGCACAUGGAAGAAAUUCCAAAAAUCGAGGAAUUGUAUUCACAAGCUAUCGAUCAUGUCCAAGAAUUGGAGAACAAAAUCAACCAUUAUCACAAUAUGUUUAAUUUCACGAAAGACGAGUGGAAGAAAAUAAAUGCAAGUGGGGCAUAUGAAGCGAUUUUGAGCGGUAUCAAACAGGCCAGAGAUUCAGUGAAGGAAUCGGAGAAAAUUUUGAAAAACGCCAUAAAAAUGAUAAAUCCUGAUGACGCAGAUAAUUUAGAUGCUAGGACAAAUUUAGCACACGCUUAUUCUGAUAGGCUGAAACAACGUAUUAAUAAUCUCAAGAAUAUAUCAAAAAAUUUGAUGGAAACCAAAAAUGGAUUGGACGACCUGAAAUACAACAUAUUAGAAAAAGGAAAGUCUAACAAUGACCUAACACAAAUUCUUCACAAAAUCGACAAGAAUAUGACUACUCAUUCUGAAAGAGUUGCGCAGUUAGAGGAAGCGAUGAAAAGUGCCUCACGAGUUUCACAGGACAUGGAACGAAUUGAAAAAGAACUCGGAGAUAUGAAUUUUCACAAACAAUAUAAUCUGUCUAAAAACUACCAGCAAUUUGCUGCAGAAGUAGCACCGAAAGAAAUAAAUGAUUUCAUUACCAAAUUGGUGACUACCAGAAAAAAACUGGAAGAUCUCAAUUUCACAUUGCCCAGUGAAAAUGUCUCAGAAAAUAAACAAAAUAUCUCCAACGUUGAAGAUAUUAUAGGACAUUUGCAGCAGAAGAUAAAUGCAGUUAAGCAACAAGUAGAUGUGAUUGAUGUUGCUAUGAACCUGACUAACUGCAAGAUGGUUUACAAACUAACUAGACGUGAAUUCUUCCAAUCGCUGUCGAUAACUUUCAGAUGCGAAGAUUGUGUCCUCUUUAGAUGGAUAAAAUCGCCCUCAUCAAAUUUGACACUUUCCGUGAAAAAUAGCGAGCUCAGAAUUCUUGUAGAUGGAAACGAGUUACCGCUGAUCCAAGACAAAUCCGAAGGAGAACGAACCAUUAGAUUACGAAAGGUAGGUUCUUUUCUGGAAGUAGAUGGUAACGAAUAUCCUGUAGGAAUGGACAGGAUGGCCGUGAUAGGAGGAGAAGAUACGUUGGAAGUUGGUAGUACAGAUGAACCAGCAUCAAAAGCUUCCGUUUAUAAAAUUUUUCUGAAUAACAAAAAUUUUGGAUUAUGGAAAUUCAAACAUACUAGUGGAAAAUGUAAAGGACAAGCAAGGACUUCAACGGAUGACAGCUUUAGAAAUACAUAUUAUUUCAAUGGUGAAGGAUACUUGAAAUAUGGAGUCGACGAUACACUUUCUCCGAGAACGUUUGAUUUGAAAUUCUACUUCCAAACGUUUGACGAAAAUAGUACCAUAUAUGUAGCUGAAUAUAGAGCAGAAUGCUCUUUCAUCUACGUCUAUCUACUAGCCGGUCGCCUACACCUCACCAUGCGGCAUAGCAACGGCCAAAAUGUCACUAUCAAUUCUGACACCAAGGUCAACGAUGCCAAGCUACAUACCUUCGAACUGGCCCUAGCUUACUCUUCCAACGAGCAUAUUCAAACUUACAGCUUGAAGGUAGACAACGAGAAUCCAGAAGUGGUAUCCAAAAAACUUAGCGUCAAGAGCGUUUUCAAGAUCAAGCUCUCCGAGCAUUAUGUGGGGGGAGUCCCCCCCAAUUUCAACAGGAGCUGUAUUCCAGGGAUAGGCAAUUUUUUCCGAGGCUUUUUGAAUAAACCUGACAAGUUGAACAAGCAGAUAAUUGCCUAUGGAGUUACGAAUACCAACAGUGAUAAAUUAGAAUUCAGACACGCUUGGAUAAAUAAAAACGGCAACCUCAGCAUUGAAACGCCAAUAAAAGAACUAACACACCUCAGCUUCAACCUAAGACCAGAAACUCCCGAUACCAAUGGCAUCAUCAUGAAAUUCGAAGACGAUCUAUAUAUUUCCCUAGAAAAUUCGACCAUAGUAGUCAAUGGCAUCAAUAAAUAUGAACAUCAAUUAUUGGGCGAAUAUCACAACAUAAAGCUGAAAUUAGGAGAAAAGCAAGAACUAACUAUAGAUGAUGGCUCUAGAAUGAGUCUGGUGAAUAUAAAAAAAAUAUACGUUAAUAAAUUCCAAAUCGGUGAUCCGAAUAAUGGUUUCUGUGGAGAAAUAAGGGAUAUAAUGAUCAACGACAAGAUCUUCAUGUUCAACUCCACCUCAGUUAAGAACUUAUCCAACGUGGAGAUAGGUAGAGACAUGCCUCUUGCCGAAUCCACCAACAUUAGAGUCAAGAGUUUGACAAUGAUGAAUUUAACUAACUCCAUGCAGAAUACCGAGGGCUGUGUGGACUUUGACAGUUACAACCCUGAAGUGGAUGCUGUCAAGUAUGGGGACAAGCCGAAUAGCUACACUUACAUGAGAACAAAUUUUUGGAAGAGCAACUAUACCUUGCAAUUCGAUUUUAGGACUCUGUCUCCCAAUGGAGUACUAUUCAUAUCUAGUAACAAGAAGAUGAACUAUAUAUUACUGGGGCUGAGUGAAGGUCAAUUGUAUUUGACAAUUAAACGUGGCAAGAAGAAAGCUAAAUCCCUGCCGAUAUCCUCUUACCAAAAAGUGAAUGAUGGGCAAUGGCACAAUUUGAGGAUAACAAGAAAGCUAAAGAAACUGUCAGUUAUCCUUGACAGAGAAAAACAACCGAGUAGAAUAAAUUUCAGGAUAAAGCCAAAGGAUGAAAUAUAUUUUGGUGGGGUACCUUCAAAUUCUGCAUAUAGAAUGGUCGGAGAUUUGUUUGAGAAGUUGCAGCCAUUCAGAGGCUGUAUGAGACACCUCAGCAUCAACAACGAACAGAAACUUCUAAUUAAAAAUAGCAAAGAAAUCAAACACUCUGGAAUAACCCAGUGUUUUUCAAAUGUAGAAGAUGGGGCAUAUUUCGGUGGAGAUGCAUACGCAGUUUACAAUGACUUCCGAAUGGGGCAGCCAGUGGAGUUGAGUUUCGAAUUCCGCACUUCCGAACAAAACGGCGUUCUCCUGAGCAUUGCCAACGAGAGCGAUUCACCAGCCCUGUCUGUUGAGCUCCAAAAUGGUGCCAUAGUGAUGGCUGUGGACAACGGGAAUGGAAUAGUAUCGAAUGUUACCAACAAUCUAGAUUCCGAUUUUUCAUUGUGCAAUAACAGGUGGCACAAUGUAACAGCACUAUAUUCCAGUUCCGAGCUCACAGUCAAUGUUGAUGGCAUUAGAAAAAGCUGGGUAGUUUCUGAUAUCAAUUCAACAAUAGACAAAGUAGAAGCACCUCUUUAUGUGGGUGGUUUGCCAGAUAAUGCCCCCACAGGAACUUUGAAAUCCCUAACAAAUUUCAAGGGAUGUCUGAGGAAACUUACAAUAGAAAAUCAGCUAGUCGACUGGUCAUACAUGAAGGAAUUCCAUAAUGUUUUGUUGAAUUCAUGUCCAGUAAAUCAAAACUCAUAGUUUUUUGUAAUGAAUUGAAGAUUAUAGGAUUCUUAAAACCAAAACAAACUAAAUAGUAUUAUAUACCUAAACUGUAUUAUAAAAUGCAACCUCACUGCCAAUUCAAAUGUACAUAUCAUUUUUGUAAAUAGUAAUUUAAUUGAUAAUUUUAAUAAAAUAUGAAAUUGCCAUAGGUUACAAAAUGUACUUAAGUGAAUGUGAGUAUGAUGUGGUAUAAAUAUUUGUAAAUAGUCUUGUUUCCUAUUGUUUCUUAUCAUGACAAAAAUUUAUUUUGAAAUUACAAUUUCAAAUACCUGAAAUAUAAAAGUGCCUGUUGUUGUUUUUAAAAAAUAUUAAGUUAUUUUAAAUGUACCUAUGUGAAUUGUGAAUAAAGGUUAUUUACACAUUUU